GACGUGAGCGCCUAUUUGUCCGGCGUUUACGUCGAUAAGAGUGUCGGCUCUGUUGGCAAUCAGGCGACCGAAGAGGAGAAGGAAUUGUUGGAUAUUUAUCACAACUGUUUCAACGACGACGACAUCGACUGCCAAUUGAUUUGCGCGGUUUUGGAUCACAUCAAUCGCAACAGUAGUCCCGACGGCGCUAUUCUCGUGUUUCUUCCCGGACUCGACGAUAUACUGGCCGUUAAGGACAUUAUUCUCUCCGAUUCCAAGAAAUUUAAUCCCAGAAACUAUGAGAUAUUUAUACUUCACUCUCAAAUGCAAUCUUCCGAUCAAAAGCGUGUAUUUAAUCGAUUGCCGAAUAAUAUCCGCAAAAUAAUUCUGUCGACAAAUAUUGCCGAAACGAGUCUUACCAUCGAUGACGUGGUCUUUGUUAUAGACUUAGGGAAAGUCAAAGAGAAGUCAUUCGACUCAUUGAUGGGUAUUUCAUCGCUUAAAUCCGUUUGGAUAUCUCAGUCAAGUGUGAGACAACGGCGCGGACGCGCGGGUCGUACCCGACCG